CAGUCAUUGACAUGUUUUAUGAUAAGAUAACUUCACAAUCAAAAUUUUGUGAAAAUCCAAUUAUGAUUUCAUUUUUUUCUAUUACAUGCAUUAUGAAGUCAGUUUUUAAAAGGAUUGGAUAUAUUUCUCAUUCCCUUAAUGUCAUGUCAUGUGUUUAAACAUUGUGUUCAUAAUAUAUGUAAAAGAUGAUGGAAUUAUUAUCUGACAGAGUUUCAAUGAAUAAUUCAUGCUGAAGUUUUAGUUCGAUACAAUUUACAGAUGCGACAUAAAUGGAGGAAGUCGAAUUUUGAACCUGAUGAAGUACCAUCUAAAGUGAGAUGUGGGUGACUGGUUCCUUAGUUUUGAUUCUAACAGCGGCUCUCGUAGGUAUGACAACCAGUCCAUCUGACUAUACAGUUGCCAUCGUAGACUGCGCUUGCGCACCGCUAGAAAAAACUUCAAAUGCCAUCCUUACUGUUCUCAAUGCUGCGCUAGAUUUCACAGUAUCGCCCGUUUUCAUUUUGUCACAAUUCGGGACGACAUUCUUGGAUUUAUGUAAAGAGCUGUGUACAAAAAUGGCGUGCUCGUUGCUGGACUUCGUAGAGUAUUGUUUGCGAAACAUUGUGGUUGCCCUACAAACUGUUAUUAGUUACGCUACAAACUUAACACUGAAGGCUGCCAAGAAAUUGGGUGCUGUUAAGACAACCGUGACACCAAUUGUUUCGUUUAGUGGUAUUGCACAAAAAUAUUGCUCGUCUAUCAAGAUGUUAUUCGACCAUAUUCUGUAUGACUUAUUCAUUCAGACAUAUAUCAAAACAUGCCUGAUUUAUAUUUUUGAAGCAUGCCAUAUUUUAACAUCUUUUCCACUGUUGCUAAUCAGGUACACAAUGGACAAAGUCAUAGUCGUUCUUAAAUAUCUUAUAGCACUGCCAUCCAGAUGUUUGUUAAGUCUCAUAAAGUAUGUUCUUUACAGUUUUUUGCACCCUUACGUAUGUGUGAUAUAUUCCUCAUGUACUGUUGGAAUAUUUGUUCUUGUGAUUCCCGUGCUUAUGCACGUGUGCAGAGUGAGAGAUAUCCGACCCCUUGUACGAUGGCUGUGCACGGUGGCAAUGAACUCGGAGUCUAGAAACAGAGUUUUGGAUAUUCUCUAUCGAAUGACAAAUGAAGAGAUCUCGAGAAGAGAUGUAGGGUAUAUGAUUGGCCAAUCAGAAGACGCCAUAGAAGGUGUAGUUCCGGAACCGGAAACUCGAGAAGAAUGCGCAGUGUGUUAUCAGACAGAGCGUCUCUUGAAAAUUGUUCCUUGUGGCCAUAAAACAACUUGCUUCAAGUGUUUGCAAGAAAUUGGGAAAAUAAAUAAUCGAUGUCCAAUGUGCAGAGAGCAUAUACUGUUUACGGUCUAACAUAUUUCACAAAUAGACUAUGUGU